AGGCGCUGCCGGCCCUGUGCGACCCGCGGCGGCUGGCCCACCGGCUGCUGGUCCUGGCCUUCAUGUGCUUCCUGGGCUUCGGUAGCUAUUUUUGCUAUGACAAUCCAGCAGCUCUGCAGACUCAGGUUCAAAGGGAUAUGAAGGUGAACACAGCUACAUUCAUGGCAUUAUAUGCCUGGUAUUCCUGGCCCAAUGUGGUUCUCUGUUUCUUUGGAGGCUUUCUGAUAGACAGAGUAUUUGGAAUAAGGUUGGGCACCGUAAUAUUCAGCUCCUUUGUUUGUGUUGGACAAGUGAUCUUUGCGACGGGAGCUCUAUUUAAUGCUUUUUGGCUAAUGGAAGCUGGCAGAUUUGUAUUUGGAAUUGGUGGGGAAUCCUUAGCAGUAGCACAAAAUGCCUAUGCUGUCAGUUGGUUUAAAGGCAAGGAAUUAAACCUCGUGUUUGGAUUACAACUUAGCAUGGCCAGAAUUGGGAGCACUGUGAAUAUGAAUAUCAUGGGAUGGAUAUACUCCAGAGUUCAAGAUCUGCUGGGCUCUACAGGUCACAGUACACUUGGAUUUACACUCAUGAUAGGUGGUGUAACAUGUAUCUUUUCACUAAUCUGUGCACUAAUUCUCGCUUAUCUGGACAAGAGAGCAGAAAAAAUCCUUUGUAAAGAGCAAGGAAAAACUGGUGAAGUGAUUAAAUUAACUGAUGUGAAAGACUUCUCGUUGUCCUUGUGGCUCAUAUUUAUAAUCUGUGUUUGUUAUUAUGCGGCUGUGUUUCCUUUCAUUGGACUUGGGAAGGUUUUCUUCAUUGAGAAAUUCAAAUUUUCUUCUCAAGAAGCAAGUGCAAUUAACAGCAUUGUAUACAUCAUAUCAGCACCCAUGUCCCCUGUCUUUGGAUUCCUGGUGGAUAAACUUGGAAGAAAUAUUAUCUGGGUUAUGUUUGCUGUAGUGGCAACCCUUGCUUCUCACGUUAUGUUGGCCUUUACGUUCUGGAACCCUUGGAUUGCUAUGUGUAUGUUGGGAGUAGCCUAUUCACUGCUUGCCUGUGCUUUGUGGCCAAUGGUAGCAUUUGUUGUUCCGGAACAUCAGCUGGGAACUGCUUAUGGCUUUAUGCAGUCUAUCCAAAAUCUGGGUCUGGCAAUUAUUGCCAUAGCAGCUGGUACGAUACUGGAUUCUCGAGGGUAUCUGUUUCUAGAAGUCUUCUUCAGUGCUUGUAUUUGCUUGUCACUAAUAGCUGUAGUCAUGCUGUAUUUUGUGAAUCACCUCACUGGAGGUGAUCUUAACUGGUCUGCAAAGAAAAGGGAAAAACUGCAAAAGCUAGCUGCAGCUGAAGCAGAAAAACAAGAGAAACUCAGACGUGAAAACGAAGAUGACUUGGCCAAAUUACAGCCAAAGAAUGACUUUAGUUUAAGGAAUAGGUAUCUCUCCAAACUAGGAGCUCAGCUGCCCGAUAAUUACGCUUCCUACUUACCUGCAUUGGCACACAGAAGUGUGCUGAAAUAGCAUCACUCUGCACAAGUUUGUCAAGAGAUGGAAGUGCUCUGAAGUUUAUGCAGACAGAAACUUGAUCUUACUAGUCAAGAAAUACACAUAGAACAAAAGCAGAAUAAUGCACCAUGUUCUAUAUUUGAAUCCACAUGCUGUCAUCAGCAAGCACCUUACCUUUAAAAAUGUAGUGUCAAUAAGUGGCUCCUAUGGUAAUGUGAAACAUUAGUUCAGGUUUGAAGCAUUAGGUGAGGUUUGGCUUCUGUGUGCCAUACAAAACCAAAUCUGAAACUUUAAAGCCUUGGGAAACAAUAGCCUGUUAGCCAUUCUACAUAUUCUUGAUGUAGGCAUUAGUCCGGUCAUACUACAUUUUAUGCUGGACAUCCUUGUUAACUUCCUGCAAUAAUUCAGUUUUACUAACAUUUUCCAUAGUGAAAGAAACAGUAGAAAUAGGACUGCCUUUUUAAGUUCUGUCAAAUUGAGAUUUUUACAAAAACUUGGCUGUUUUAUUUAUUUAAAAAAAACAAAACACAGUAUAUUCAUUAAAGCCAGACUUGGAAGUUGCACUAGUACAUGGUGAUGGUGUUAAUGAAAGCUGAGCUAUUUUCCUGUGGAAAUAAAAACUGUAUCAAGUGUCAUAACUAUCAAAUUGUUAACUGUAAUGUGUAACUUUCAAUCAGCGUAAUAUUUAUACAAAUGUAGUGUGGAGUAUCUACUACUUUUAAUAUUAUCUGCAAUGAGAAAAAUGGCUUUAGGACCAACUUUAUCCCAAAGAUGUGUGGGCUCCCAUGCUUGCAAUGUAAGCAGAACUGGACCCUAAAAUCUCAUACAACAUAUAUAUUUCUUAAGUGGAUAGUAGAAAACUAAAAAAGUAGACUAACUUUGACUGAAUUUUCAGUCUUUUAAAGUGUGGUCUUAAUCUGAGCUAAAUUAUUAUACUCUGACCUUUAUUGCUUAAAAUUUGUCUUAACUGCACAGGGAAGCCAGUAUUUUUUUCUAAUAGCUUGUUACCCUAACAGUUGUAUUAAUUUAAUAAAUCAGAAGUAACUUGAGGAAUGUUGACAUUUAUAUCUGGAACUUUUGGUUCUAUUAAGAAUUUUGUAUAUGCAAAUAUACUCUUUUUUGAAGUGAGUUACUUUUCUAUGACUUUUUCAGUAUUCUACAAACUUUAUCAAAGAUAGUAUUAUGAAUUGUGUAGAACUGCCAUAGUCUGGCCUCAUUAAAUCUAUCCAGGAAGAUAGUAUAAAACUUGGUGCUUUUAUGUGUUACUGUUGAAGAUUGCAUUUACACAUGGUAGUGCUAAACCUUUUUGUUUGGUUUUUUUACUAUGCUAUCUUCAGGAAAAAAGCAGCAUAAACCAUCCAUGGCUGGAUUGUGUACAGUUGAUUUGCUUAUAUACUUAUAGAUGCUGAUCUUUUUUUAGUAAAUAAAA